UAGGCUGACGUCAAGUAGGCCUUAGUAUACAUUUACCAUCUUGUCAACAGAAACACAUCAUGUGAGACUGGAGACAGACUGGAACUACUUCGCAUUUCACACUGGGAACCCAUUUGGACUACAUAAACAGCCGAGGAUUUCAGUUUUAGGGCAGCAAUGUCGCCUUGAAAUAGGCCACAUCAUCGCCUUUGCUGUUUUUGUCAUAUAUAAUAGUUUCUUGUACAAAUCAUGUAUGUGGGAUACAUCCUGGAUAAAGAAAGCGGCAUGUAUCACCAAGGGCCGGUAAGAAGAUCGAGCAUAAAUCUGCCUCCACAGAACUUUGUUUCUACACCUCAGUACCCCGACUUUACUGGAUACCAUCAUGUGCCAAACAUGGAUACGCACGCACAGUCAUCGGGGACUUGGGGACCCACUUAUGGCGCACCACGGGAAGACUGGGGUGCAUAUAGUCUGGGACCACCUAAUACUAUUCCUACACCAAUGAACAACUCCUCUCCUGCACAGGUUCCUUACUGCUCAUCUGAGUACAGUCAUAUGCAUCCUCCAGGAUCUGCGGUGUUACAACCGCCGCCGGAGAACGUUAAUGUUGCACAACUUUCUCCAGAUAGGGAAAGGCGCAAUUCAUUCCAGUGGAUGAGUAAAACUGCGCAAUCAUCUUCCACAGGUAAAACAAGAACGAGGGAGAAAUACAGGGUAGUUUACACAGACCAUCAGAGGCUGGAGCUGGAGAAGGAGUUCCAUUUCAACAGAUACAUCACCAUCAGGAGGAAAUCUGAACUGGCUGUCAACCUCGGUCUGUCGGAAAGACAGGUGAAAAUCUGGUUUCAGAACCGCAGAGCCAAAGAGAGGAAAAUGAUCAAGAAGAAGCUGGGUCAGUCUGACGGCAGCGGGGGGUCUGUGCACAGUGACCCGGGAUCAGUGAGCCCUCUGCCGGUGCCGGGCUCUCUCAGUCCCUCAGAAAUCCACAACUCUCUGUACCCUCCUCAGGGAAUGAACACUUUGCCAUCUAUCAGGAAUAUACAGCAAGGGACGUGUGAAGUGAAGUGUGAAUCAGAACAGUUCACCCUCAUCUAAACCCAUAACCGAGCACUCCGACACGCUGACAGGACACUUGAUAGGGUGCCAGAGGAGCUGAACUCUCGUUCUGAAGCACAAAGCUGUGGAUAAAGAAUUGAUUUAUAGAAAACCAAAUGCUGGAGGCUCUUGAAAUAUUGCUUUUUAUAGAAUAGUUCUAAUAACGUGGGAGGAAAAAAAAACCGAAAAAAUUGACGUGUUUUAAACUUAAAAGCUUUACAUUGUUUGUGAGUUAAGAUAUAAAUAUCGUUUUUUUUGUAUGUGUUGAAGUGUAUGUGAAUAAAAUGAAAAUUCAGGGACAUUUUAUUGAAGUUUUCAACUGGAUUGUAUGUAGCUCGUGCCACUCAAACGGCUUUGACUUGACAAAUCAUUUACACACAUUUUUCUGCACAAUUGAAUCCGCUUUAAAGCAGGGAAUGGCUGUUAAUGAUACGGGUAGAACGGUCGUUU